AUGAUCCAAGUGAACCAAACGACGGGAACGAACAAUGCUUGUUGUGGAAUUUCGGAGGACUUCGGGACAAGCAUGGAUGAUUCCCCACUGAUAGAACGACGCGGCGAGGACAUGCCCACCUCUAUUCACAGAUACGAGAGAGUUUACAUGAGCUACCUACACUUACAAUUCUGUUUCCUCGACUUUAAGGAAACCAUGUUCAUUUCAGUGACUGACGAACGUAAUCAGUUAACAGACCUGCAGGCAUCUUACCCGCUAAAAUAUGUUGAUGCGGAUAACACGGCGUGUCUGGUGGGAGAGCCCCACUCACACGGGAACGACGUAGCACGACUUCUAGGCAUGAAGUUCAAGAUCCCCUUUUACGUGAGCGUGAAUGUGGACGAAGGGGACGAGAAGCUGACAAAUUUUAUCUUUUCUACUUGCCUGGAGAUACUAAAACCUCUGUUCAAUGAGAAGAGAGGUGCCCCUGGGCUCCACUGUGGAUCUGACUCUACACAGACAUGA